AUGUGGCUUCUCGUGAUCAUCCUCGUCAUCUUCAGCUUGAGCGGCUACCUGCCUCUGCUUCUCAGCUGCUUCCGGCAUGUCGAGGAGCAGCUGAAGCAGGGGAAGGCGCUCGUGCGCUGCCAGGACGAUAAGAGGGGAAGCAGUCUACUCGAGCUGCAGGCGGGGAUACUGGGGCUCUCAGACUCGCUCCUCAACCUCCUCCUCCUCGCUGAAGCCAGCAGAGAUGCCGGCGGCUGCGGCGAUCUCCUCCUCCAGCUGGACGCUGAGGGCAUGCCAGACCGCUUGGUUCGCCUGCUUGCCGUUGCUGUGGACUUGGAAGGAGAGGCGGCAAAGACUGAAGAAGGCGAGGCAGCUCAAGGAAAGGUGUGGUGGGUGAAGGGCUUCUUCGACCUUGAGGAAAGCGGCGAGAGUUUCAUCCUGGCGCAGAUGACAGGGACGGCAGCAGAGACGAUAGCGCUGGCGCUCAAGAGGGUUGCAUGCUCCUUGACAAGAGACAGCAAGGAGGAGGGGGAAGAGGAGGAGAUGGGGAAGCAGGAGGAGGAGGAGGAGGAGAAUGCUUUGAGGAGAAUUUGUACAAAGUUGGCAGAGGAGGUGAAGAUGCGAGGGAACAAGAAGAUGGCAGAGGUCAGCGACUAUCCUGCUGCUCUCUUCUGCUAUUCGUUCGCCCUCCUCCUGUGCUGGAAAGAGACGCGGCUGAAGCGACAACUGUGGGGCAACAGGAGCGAAGUUCUGCUGAGGUUGCGGAGGCCGCAUGAGGCAGCAGAAGAUGCCCUGCGUGCGAUGGGCGGAGAGGAGGAGGAGGACGGCAAGAACAGUCGCAGACUGCGACGAGCACGCGAGAUGCUGGCAACAGGGAAGAACGGCUGA